AUAAAAAGUUGGUUUUGCAGCUUAAGGCUCCAUUCCACUAAAGUUUUUAUUUUACAAAGACAAAUUAUUCUUUGGCUUUUAAAUUAAAUUUUCCACAGCGGAGGGCCUAAUUCCAUGGAGCAAACCAAACGUAGCCCUAAUUCCAAGUCAGCUCUCUGCUUCUCUCGCCUCUCCGGCGAGCAUAUUUCAACUCUCUCUCUCUCUCUCUCUCUUCUACAAGGAUCUUGGAAAGCGCUUCAUGUUUUAGCUUCAGAAGCAAAUACCCAAAACUAAGAUCACAAGGUUAACCGACCUUUGAUCUAGUUUUGGGCGUAGAGAGAGAAACAGAGAGAACGGUUGAGGAGAUAGAGGAUCAAGUAGAUGGUAGAAGAAUCAGAGCAUACCCAGAAUCCAUGGGUGAUUAUAGAGCAAUGUUCAGGAGUUGCAAUCAUUGACACAGUGUCGUCGGUGUCCGUGAGGAGAGGGGGAAUUGAAGGUUCAAAUCCUGAACCUCACAGUAGUUCCAAAACCACUUCAGGUGGUCAAUUGGGUUUACUAGAGAGAGGCUUCUCUGCUGCAGGUGCCGCCAUCCUCUCGGCAAUCCUUGUCAACCCACUUGACGUUGUCAAGACAAGGUUGCAAGCGCAGGCUGCCGGAGUUCCUCAUACUCAUCCGCUAAGUAAUCUCACCAGUCGCAUGGCCCUUUUUGGACCGAACAUGAUAUUCAUUCAGAUGUUUGCAGAUCUAAGGUGUUCUCCUUCAUGUUCCCAUGCUGGAAUUCAUGGCACUGUAUCAAUUUGUCCUCCUGAUUGUUUCCGCUACAAAGGAACUCUAGACGUCUUCUACAAAAUCAUUCGACAGGAAGGAUUUGUGAGGCUAUGGAGAGGUACAACUGCAGGUCUGGCAUUGGCUAUACCUACUGUUGGGAUCUACCUUCCUUGUUAUGACAUUUUCCGCAACCAAUUGGAAGAAUUCACAGCCCAAAAUAUUCCAAGCAUGGUACCCUAUGCCCCUUUGAUGGCAGGUUCAUUGUCACGGUCACUAGCUUGCACAACUUGCUAUCCUAUUGAGCUGGCUAGAACCCGCAUGCAGGCAUUUAAGGAGGUUCAUCGAGGUAAGAAGCUUCCUGGCAUCUGGAAAACUUUACUCGAAGUUGUCUCUCAUGUCAAGAGCUCAAGUAACCUACAGAAAAACUUCUUUCUCAUUCCAGGGCAGAACUACCGUGCCCUGUGGACAGGCCUUGGCGCACAGCUUGCCCGUGACGUUCCUUUCUCUGCAAUCUGUUGGUCGACCCUUGAGCCUAUCAGAAGAAAACUCCUUAGUUUAACUGGUGAAGAAGCCAAUGCAGCUACAGUCCUUGGGGCGAAUUUUUCUGCUGGUUUUGUUGCAGGAAGCCUUGCGUCUGCGGCUACAUGUCCAUUAGAUGUUGCAAAAACCCGAAGGCAGAUAGAGAAGGAUCUUGCUAGGGCAUUGAGGAUGACAACGAGGCAGACGCUAAUGGAGGUGUGGAGGGAUGGUAGCAUGAAGGGACUGUUUACAGGAGUUGGUCCCCGUAUUGCUCGUGCUGGCCCUUCCGUUGGGAUUGUGGUUUCGUUUUAUGAAGUUGUGAAGUAUGUUCUACAUAAUCGCCAUGUAACUUCAUGACAAGUCCGGGUCUCUCUCUGUACAUGUUAUCCAAUUUUGGCUGUUAUCUGUUCCGUGACUCUUUGGUUGAUUAGAAUUGACUAUUCCAUCAGCAGAGCAAUGUUCUCGGCUCACUAAUUUCAUUCCUCUCGAAGUCAUGGUUUUCUGUGGAUUGAUUGGGAAGUCUAAUGGAAUCCGUUACAAGGCAUCAACUAAGAAACUGUUGAUCGUCUAAAUUUAUAUUUAGACGAUCAAAGAUGAAACCAGAAUCAUGGAAACGAAUUCGAGCUUCAAUGGUGCUAAUGCAAAACACCGAUGGUUUCUCUCUUCAUUAAGUCUAA